AUGGAAACAAAAGUGUUGAUCGUAGGAGCUGGGCCUUCUGGUCUUGCAACUUCAGCAUGCUUAACUCACCACUCGAUCCCGCAUUUGAUCCUUGAAAGAGAAGAUUGUUAUGCUUCUCUUUGGAAGAAAAGAACCUAUGAUCGAUUAGGUCUCCAUUUAGCAAAAGAAUUUUGUUUCUUGCCACAUAAGCCUCUCCCUCCUGAUGCACCUACCUUCAUGCCCAAAGAUUUUUUUCUUAAAUAUGUGGAUGAUUAUGUCUCACAAUUUAAUAUAAACCCUCUCUACCAUAGGACUGUCGAAUCGGCUUCUUUGGUUGAAGCUGGAAAGAAAUGGAGAAUUGAAGCUAAGAACAAAUUAGAAGGAAAUGUGGAAGUUUACCAUGCUGAGUUCUUAGUGGUUGCUAGUGGUGAGAAUAAUGAGGGUUAUAUUCCUGAUAUUAAAGGGUUGUCAAGUUUUCCAGGUGAGAUUGUCCAUUCCAACCAUUUCAAAUCAGGUUCAAGAUAUAAAUCUAAGGAUGUUUUGGUAAUUGGAUGUGGUAAUUCUGGAAUGGAGAUUGCCUAUGACCUUACAGACCAUGGAGCUCGCACUUCAAUUGUUAUUAGAAGUCCGUUUCAUGUGUUGACCAAAGAAUUGGUGCAUCGGGGAAUGUCUUUGUUGAAUUAUCUCCCAGUUUACAUGGUGGAUACUCUAAUCACAAUGCUUGCAAGACUCAAAUAUGGUGAUUUGACUAAGUAUGGGAUUUACAGACCACUGAGAGGUCCAUUCACUCAUAAAAAUGUAACAGGAAGAUCUCCGGUUAUCGAUGUUGGAACCAUAGGAAAGAUUCAAAAUGGAGGGAUAGAGGUUGUCUCGGAGAUUUUGAACAUUGAAAAGAAUAAUGUGAAGUUCAAAAAUGGCACAGAAAAGAAUUUCGAUGCCAUUGUUUUGGCCACUGGCUAUAAAAGCGCAGCAAAUAAAUGGCUAAAGGACUAUAAGUAUGCUCUUAAUGGUGAUGGAAUGCCAAAGAAUAGAAUGCCAAACCACUGGAAAGGAGAGAAGGGCCUAUAUUGUGCUGGAUUGUCAAGGAGAGGACUCUUUGGAGUAUCAAUGGAUGCCGAGGCCAUAGCCAAUGACAUCAACAAGGUUAUAACUAGCCAAAAAUAA